AUGUCUCGCAUUCCCCAGCUUGGCUUUUGGGAAAAGGCGGAUCUGCCUUUCGCCCACCUGUCAGUCGUCGCCAGUGCUCUAUACCAUGCGAUCACGGGCGUUUUCCGGGGUAAGGCCAGCCCUAAGCGCUACGAUCACCACAUCAUGGCAGCCAUGAUCCGCAAGCUGGUAGACCGUACAACCGAUCGCCAGAAGCAGUACCUGAACGCCCCAACGGCAGACACUUAUACAACAGUGAUGAAGAAGCGCGGUCUCCAACCAGAGACUGUCACCCUCCCCCAUGGGGCCAAAGGCCACUGGUUAGGCAACAAGAACGCCAAAAACGUGAUCGUUUACUACCACGGUGGCGGCUUCGCCAUGCCCGCCGUGCCGGCGCACAUUGAAUUCUGGCUCGAAAUGCUGCGCGCACUCAACGAGAGCGGCCACGACCUCGCAGUCUUCUUCCUAAGCUAUACCCUAACCGGCAACGACGAAUAUCCCACCCAGCUGCGCCAAGCAGUGGAGGCACUCCGCUACAUCCUGGAGAACACAAACCGAUCCCCCUCCAACGUCAUCGUAGGCGGCGAUUCAGCCGGUGGAAAUCUGGCCACCGCAACCCUGCUCCACCUCUCGCAUCCGCAUCCCGAAAUUGAUGAGUUGGAAGUAUCUGCGCCGCUGGCGGGUGUUUUUGCUUACGCGCCUUGGGUCAACUUUAGUACUGACUGGCCUUCCUUUGAAGAGAAUAAGUGGCGGGAUAUUCUUACCGCAGAUGUGCUUACUUCUUGGUCUACUGCGUAUCGUGGGGAUCAGCCUGUUGAUCAGUGGAAUGAGCCGUCUACUGCCCCCCUUGAGGCUUGGAAGGCGGCUAAGACUGAGAAGAUCUUGAUUCUUGUUGGUGGGUCGGAGAUUUUGUUAUCGCCUAUUGAAGCUUUUGCGAAGAAUAUCAAGUCUGUCUUCCCUGAGACUGUUUAUUAUGUUGGUGCUGAUGAGACGCAUGAUGCGCCGUUUUUCUUGUCUACUAAGGAAGAUACACAGACUGGCUUGGAGCUUCGACAGUGGCUAGCUGCUCGUCUGUGA